CGAGCGCUUUGCAUCGUAGGGCUGCCCCCGAGCGAGUUGACCAUAUACAAGAUGAUCCUCACGCAGUGCGCCGUCUGCGCCACCGAGCUUGGCUUGUCCUCGGGCAAGAAAUGCGGCCGCUGCAGCACGCGCUACUGUGGGCCUGAAUGCCAGGUGCAGCACUGGAAAGAGGGUGGUCAUGACCUGCUCUGCAAGACAAUAAAGAAAGCAGGCGGCGCGGAACAAUACAACGCAAAUGAAAAGUACGCGGAGGCCGUCGGAGCCGCAGCAGAGGCGUGCGCGGAGGACACAAAGGGCCAGACGUGCUACAUCUGCACGCAGGCCCUCCACUGGAAAACGAAGGAGGGCCUCGUGCGCGGGUGCGCGUGCCGCGGGACGGCGGGGUUCGCGCACGUGUCGUGUCUGGCGGAGCAGGCCAAGAUUUUGUGCGAGGAGGCCGAGGAAAACAAUUUGGGCGCCAAGGCGAAGAAUGAGAGGUGGAAUCGGUGGUACACAUGCAGCAUGUGCGAGCAACACUACCAUGGCGUCGUGAAAUGCGCGCUCGGAUGGGCGUGCUGGAAGACGUACGUGGGGCGGCCGGAGACUGACUCGGCUCGGCAAAUGGCGAUGAACGUGCUUGGGCUCGGUUUAACCGCUGCAGACCACCACGAGGCCGCGCUGAGGGUGAAAGAGGCCGAGUUGUCUAUGCUGCGGCGCCUUGGCGCAGACGAAGACAACAUGCUCGUCGCUCAGUGCAACCUUGCGAACUCGUAUGUAGAGCUUGGACGAAACGAAGAGGCUCUGAGAAUAAAACAGGACGUAUACUCCGGAUACUUAAAGUUAAAAGGCGAGGAACAUCCAAAAACCUUCCAAGCAGCCAACAACUACGUAGUGUCCCUUAAUGGUCUACAGCGCUUCGGAGAAGCCAAGGCACUGUUGCGCAAAGCUAUGCCCGUGACCCGACGUGUUCUCGGCGAUAGCAAUGAACUCACGCUCAGGAUGAGCGCAACUUACGCGAUGGCGCUCUACUUGGACCCCGUUGCCACGCUCGGCGAUCUCCGCGAGGCCGUGUCGAUGCUCGAGGAGGCCGCACGGACCGCGCGGCGCGUGUUUGGUGGCGCGCACCCAUAUUCAGUGGGAAUGGAACAGGCCCUGCGAGAGUCGCGAGCAGCGCUCAGUGCCCGUGACGACGUGAGCGCCAUCCGCGGGGCGCUGGAAGCAAUGAACGCGACGUAAAAAAACGACUAACCAGGA